AUGGUACUUUUGCAUAAUAAUUACAACGAGGUUCAAUUCGAGAAAUACUUUCUAAGGUGGUGCAAAAGGUUUAAUGCACUAAAAUUGGAGGGUCAUACUAAGCAAAACUCUAAAACAAUUAAUCUAAUAAAACAAUUGAGUAAUGUGGUACUCAGAGACUCUUAUUUAAUGGUUCUUUGUGAUGUAUUAGGGUCUAGUAAUACCAGGGCCGCUGCCAUAUUUAUUAGACUACUAGUAAGUAUAUCCAGUCUAUGCCUAAGAGCCAACAGGGAUGGAAUGUUUCCAAUUGGGACUAUGAGGAGAGUGAAUACUGAUGUCAAUUCAGAAGUUAUUGACAGGUGUUAUGUCAUCCUGUAUAAGCUGUUGCCCAGUGCAAUAAUGAAGUUUUUAAGUAUUAGAUCUUACAGUCGUCUUAACCGCGUACCCGAUAAAUAUUUGAAGGUAAAAAAUGAUUUGUACACACUUCUAAUCAAUAUAUCCCAUUUGAUUAGUAAAAAUCUAAAGGUAAAAAAAAACAAUGGAAACAAGUGUAUAUACAGUGUCUACAAGGCCAUGCCCAAGGGAAACACCAAAAGUGUGUUAAAAAAUGCAAUUGUUCACAUUUAUAGGUUGAGAAAUAACAAUUUUAGGCUCUCUAAUGAUGAUAUUUUCAAGGAAAUUAAGAAAAAAGCUAAAAUUACAGGAUCCACGAGUGACCGUCAAAAUUAUUUAAAUAACUUUGUUAUACCAACAAACUGUUUUGAGCAAAAAAAUGUUGCAAAUAUUGGUAGUAUUAUUAUUAGAUGCAUUGAAUUUAUGGCGAAGGGUUUAAGGAUUGACGUAGACAUGUGUAGGACUAAGAAUGUUGAUAAAUUGUUGAUCAAAUGCCAUAUUAAAUUACAGAGUAUCAAAAAUAAUCCAUUUACGCAUUUUGCCAUGAAAUAUGGAGAUAAGGAGCAAAUAUGCAAUGAUGAUAACACUACGGGCAUUAAGAACAAAUUAGUUAAAACCCCAUCGAAAACUACAUUUAGAGAUAUGUAUUUGAAACUUUUAGAAUUGAUAUCCGAUGGUAAUAGCAAUAGAUACACUAACAAACAAUCAAUAGAAUUGACAGAUGAUGAUUUGACAAAGCUGAUUGUGAUGCAUGGUGAAAUUAGGAGAUUGAUUUGGGGCCCAGCGCUAAUUAGAUACAUGAAAUUAAGGGAAUGUUGCGAAUUUAAUAUUAAAAAUGAUAAAAUAUCGCAAAUAAGAAAAUUUUCACAAACAGAGUUGGAUAGGGUACUCGCAAUUAAUGGGCUACUAGAACGUAUGUCUUUGACGCUAGGAUUUGGGAGGCCCUCAUGGCUUGCUGCUGCUCAAAAUCAUACAGAUUCUUACAUACUAAAAUCAUGA